CCACUAUCCUUACCUUGCUGUUACCAGAUUCAGACGCGUGUCCGUUGAAAGUUCUCUAGCUACUGGCGGCACGAUUUCUAGUCGGCGUAUGGGAAAUUGCUCCGCCACAUGAAUCUAUAAAGACUGAAUUCCUUCUUCCGCUCUUCUUUCGUACUUCGGCGUGCUAAUACCUGGUGUUUUGUAACGAAGACAAGUCCAAGUGACAGUACGACUGUCAUGGCGCCUUCUGCGACUUCUUGGACCCCGAAUGGGGACGGCAAUGGCUCCGAAGGAACCGUGGACACUCCUUCAAAUGGAUACACAAGCGGCCUUGCAGCUAGCAGCAACAAUGCCCAUAUGGGUACCGACCCUAAUCUCUACACCAAUGGUUACACACAUGGCUUCACCAAUGGCUACAUCACUGGCUACGCUCAAUCAGAAAUGCCAAAGCAGAUGCCCAUCGCAAUCGUUGGAAUGUCCUGCCGCUUGCCUGGCAAUGUGAGCACACCAGACGAGUUUUGGGAGCUGUGCUCUCGUGCACGCCAUGGGUGGACCGAGAUUCCAAAAGAAAGAUUCGAAUCCGCACCUUUCUCUCACCCAAAUCCAGGGAAAGGUGGAUGUUUUAACGCUGCCGGCGGAAACUUCCUGAAAGAGGACCUCGGACUAUUUGAUGCACCUUUCUUCUCUCUCACUGCUCAAGAGGCGACAUCCAUGGAUCCUCAACAACGUUUACUGCUUGAAUGCACUUUUGAGGCUCUCGACAGUGCUGGUAUUCCUAAGCAUCAAGUGGUCGGAAAGGAGGUUGGAGUUUUUAUUGGUGGUUCAUUCUCAGAAUAUGAGUCUCAAUUAUUUUCUGAUACAGAGACAAUUCCUAUGUAUCAAGCCACUGGUUGUGCUUUUGCAAUGCAGUCGAACAGACUUUCUCACUUCUUUGACCUUCGAGGUCCCAGUUUUACGAUGGACACUGCCUGUUCAUCCAGUCUUGUAGCUUUACAUUUGGCAUGUCAAAGUCUGCGUAAUGGAGAGUCGAAGACGGCGAUUGUGGGAGGAUGCCAUCUCAAUACCCUACCCGAAUUUUGGGUUUCCAUGUCCAAGUCACGCUUGUUUUCUGAUGAGGGUCGAUCAUUUUCUUUCGAUAGUAGAGGUACAGGAUAUGGACGAGGGGAGGGAUGUGGUAUGGUCAUCUUAAAGCCUUUACAACAAGCUUUACAAGACAACGACACAAUCAGAUCGGUGAUCGUUGGCACUGGUAUCAACCAGGAUGGUAAAACGCCUGGUAUCACCAUGCCAAAUGGUUCUGCACAAGAGGAGCUUAUGCGGGCCGUGUACAGAAGUGCAGGCAUCAAUCCCAAGGAUACUGGAUAUGUCGAAGCCCAUGGGACUGGCACCAAAGUUGGCGAUCCAAUUGAGGCAACAGCUUUGCAUAAUGUGUUUGGUGAGGACAGAACGGCUAGGAAUCCGUUGUACAUUGGUUCCGUGAAGUCUAAUGUAGGCCAUCUUGAAGCAGCUUCUGGCAUUAUAUCCGUCAUCAAGACAGCAAUGAUGCUCGAGAGAGGUUUCAUAUUGCCCAACUAUGAUUUCAAGAAGCCAAAUGACAAGAUCCCUUUUAGCAAGUGGAACCUCAAGGUACCAACAACGCAGCGUCCAUGGCCGAGACCAAAGAAGUAUGCUAGCGUCAACAACUUUGGUUUCGGAGGAACGAAUGCCCACGUGGUUCUAGAACGAGCGCCUUUCCUGAAGAAAUACGAAGGCGAUAACUCGCCCGACCAAGCAAUCCAAUUGAGGAAGCUCUUUGUCCUUUCCGCUAAUGACAAGGCUGCCCUGGAGUCCAUGAUGCAAAAGAUUGGCAUCUAUUUGGAGCAAAGGCCCGAGAUCUUCCAAAACGAUCUGAUGAGCAAUGUCGCCUACACUCUUGGACAGCGUCGAUCCCUUCUCCAAUGGAGAGUCGCCAUUUCAGCACCAACAUCCUUCGAACUGAUCCAGGCACUCAACGCUGGCAAGCUAACCCCUGUCAGAGAGACUGAGGCUCCCCGAAUUGGCUUCAUAUUUACUGGCCAAGGAGCUCAGUGGCACGCAAUGGGACGGGAGCUCUAUGAGCAAUAUCCCAUCUUUGCGGCCACUGUCGAUGCGUGCGAUAAAUGCUUGGCUGCCUUCGGCGCCCCUUUCUCUCUCGUGGAUGAGUUGAGUAAAGAUGCCGAGAGUUCAAACGUCAACGAUGCGAACAUCAGUCAACCUGCAUGCACAGCAAUUCAACUGGCUUUGACCGACCUUCUUCGAGCCUGGGGUGUAUAUCCUACCGCUGUCGCGGGUCACUCGAGUGGUGAAAUCGGAGCUGCCUACGCUGCUGGAAUACUUCCCCUCGAUGCCUGCAUGGCAAUCUCCUAUUACAGAGGUAUGGUAACGGUGGAUUUAAAGACAAAGUUCCCAGAUCUCAAGGGAUCUAUGAUGGCUGUUGGAGGUAGCCAAGAAGAGAUCGCGCCUCUCAUUAAGCAACUAAAGAACAGAGAAGUCCGAAUUGCUUGUUUCAACAGCCCGACCAGCUUGACAAUUUCAGGUGAUGAACCGGCGAUCGAUGAACUCCAGGUCCUACUUGAAGAGCGAGGAAUGUUCAACAGAAAGCUUCAAGUCGAUGUCGCUUACCAUUCGCACCAUAUGAGACUGGUCGCAAGCGAGUACCAAGCGUGUCUUCAGUGGCUCGAGCCCCCAAAGAAUUCAGCAGUCAAAUUCCACUCGUCCUUACUUGGACAUCUCGUUGACGGAAAUACACUUCAACCAUCCUACUGGGUCGCCAAUCUUACACAAGCUGUGAGGUUCUCCGAAGCUCUCACGACAAUGUGCGAACCUGCCAAUGGCCACAAGACUGGUGUUAACAUGCUGAUUGAGCUCGGUCCUCACUCGGCCUUAGCAGGUCCAGUCAAGCAGAUCUUGAAGUCAUGUGGACCAAACGCAAUGAAAAUUCCGUACGGAUCCGCACUGAUCAGAAAGAAAGAUGCUGUCCAGACCGCACUCGACUUGGCGGGCACUUUGUUCACGAAGGGCGUCAAUAUCAACUUUGGUACUGUCAACUUCCCCAAGGUUGGCAAACCACCUGCACUAUUGGUCGACUUGCCGAGAUAUCCAUGGAACCACUCCAACAAGUACUGGCACGAGGGCCGCAUGCAAUUAAAGCAUAAGAACAGAACUACGCAACGAAACGAUAUUCUCGGCGUGGAAGCCAUUUAUUCGAAUGACCUCGAGCCGACUUGGCGAAAUAUGAUCCGAACAGAUGACCUACCAUGGCUACGACACCACAAAAUCCAAUCACUUACCCUAUUUCCCAUGUCUGGGUUCGUCGCGAUGGCUGUUGAAGCCGCAUCUCAACGAGCAGCUGCAAAGGGCGUUCAAUUUGACAAAUACGAGCUUCGAAAUAUUGUUGUCAGCACACCUCUGAUGAUCACGGACGAUGAUGUUGAAAUGACUACUCAGCUCCGACCGUAUCAAGAAGGUAAUCUCGUUACCUCAGAUGUUUGGAACGAGUUCCGUAUACAUUCUUGGGCAGCCAACAAGGGCUGGACGGAGCACUGCAAAGGUCUCGUCUCUGUCAAGGCCAAUGAUACAAAUGAAAUCGAUGGCGCUCGUCUCGCCGAAAAGUCCGGUGCAUGGCUACAAUCUACCAUCUCCGAGAUCAAUGGUACCACCUUAUCACCUGUAGACAAGGUCAAGAUGUAUGACUUUUUGUCGGAUCUGGGCGUCUCCUAUGGCCCAACAUUCCAAGGCAUGAAUAACUGCCAGGCUGCCGAAAGCUGCUCCGUGGCUGAUAUCACUGUUUCGGACACGACCCAAGAAAUGCCACAAGGCCAUCAGACCAGCAAUAUUGUCCAUCCUGCAUUCUUGGAGCAGUUGAUUGAGAUGUACUGGCCUAUCCUUGGAGCUGGACGCACAUCUGUGGAUACUGUCUAUCUUCCCUCUUCCAUUGGACGCUUGACCAUUUCCCGCGACAUCACCGAACUUACUAAGACUCCAGGAAGCUCUCUGCGAGCAUUCUGUAAGGGAUCAGCUCCCUCGACGCACCCAAAACCAAUCCAAGUCUCCAUGUUCGCAACGACCACAGACGACUCGAGAGAGGCUGUCAUCAUGAUGGAUGAUUUGACCAUCUCACCAAUCGUGGAGCGCGAUAUGGCUUCUGACACUGAGGCCCACAGAGAGCUUUGCUACAAGAUCCAAUGGGAGCCAAUUUUACACCCACUUACCCACGCUUUGAAGAACGGAACAAUGACUGGUACAUCCAAUGGCAUUUCUACUCCAAGUGAGGCAUCGGAGACAUCCAACGACAACUCAAAUGGUGUCUUGACUCCAGAAACUAAUGCUACUUCCGUGUCCGGUGAAGGCAGCGAGGUGUCUAGUUUCCCCGAUGGUCAAGUUGUGAUUGUGCACGGAGAAUCGGAUGCUCAAAAGGUGCUGGCCUCGAAGAUCGCUGAUACUCUUGAGAACUCAACUGGAAGGAAACCAGAGAUUGGCACGCUUGCAGAUGUCAAUGUCGAUGACAAGCUCUGCUUGUUCCUUUCAGAGCUUGACAAGCCACUCCUACCGACUCUCACUCCAGAACAAUUUUCAUCCUUGCAGAAGGUGAUCACCACCGUCCAAGGAGUCCUCUGGGUUGUGCGCGGUGCAUACGAGAACUCUGACAAUCCCGAUUCCAACAUGGUUGCCGGAUUAAGCAGAACCAUUCGCUCCGAAACUCUGCUGAAGUUCGCUACGCUUGACUUGGAUUCAAAGGCCCAACUGUCUGACGAAGACACCAUGGUAGCAAUUCUCGACAUUUUCAAGGCUGUCUUUGGUCCCAAGGCUGAGACUAAUUGCGAGUUGGAGUUUAUGGAGAGACAAGGAGCAUUCCUCACUCCACGAAUCAUCAACGAUCCGGAGAUGAACGAGUACGUGCACAAGCAGACCCAAGCAUCGACCAUUGAAUCGGCACCAUUCGCUCAAGAGGGCAGGCCCUUGAAGAUGACGAUUGGAACACCUGGUGCUUUCGAGACUCUCCAUUUCAAUGAUGAUAUUGCAGCAGAGGAGCCUCUCUUCGACGACGAGAUUGAAAUCGAGGUCAAGGCUAUUGGCAUGAAUCCCAAGGAUGUCACUGUCGCUAUGGGCCAACUCGACUCAUUCAACUUUGGUGUUGAGUGCAGUGGUAUCGUUACCAAGAGUGGAAGCAUCACUAAGUUUGCUGUUGGCGACCGUGUCGCUGCAAUUUCGCUGUCACAAGGUGUCUAUUCAACACUUGCACGUACAAAGGCCGCUCUGGCACUUAAGAUUGGUGGCGACUUGUCUUUCGAGGCUGCUGCUUCGCUUCCAGUUGCUUACUGUACAGCACAAUACGGCUUGUCGAAUCUCGGACAUCUCGCUGCUGAUGAAAGCAUCUUGGUUCAUGGUGCUGCUAGUACAGCGGGCCAAGCUGCCAUCUCGAUUGCUCAGUCUAUUGGUUCUAAAAUCUUUGCAACAGUCGCCACCGUUGAGGAGAAAGAGAUUCUUACUAGCGUAUAUGGUCUUGCUGAUGAUCGCAUCUUUUCCACCAAGAACGCAUCAUUCGGACCCGUCAUUCGCCAAGACACAAACAUGCAAGGAGUCGACGUUGUCUUUAAUUCCACAGCAACAGAUUCGGAUACCAUGCGAGAGACAUGGGAUUGUCUAAGCAGCUUUGGACGCUUCAUUGAGGUUGGAAAGGGAGAUUCUAAUACAAGACUAGAGACAUCUCGAAGCAAUACUAGCUUCAUGUCUGUCGAUAUACUAUCCCUCGCUGCCGAAAGACCAAAGGUCAUGCAGAAACUUCUCUCAGAUGUAGCUGAGCUGCUGAAGAAGGGUAGUCUGAAGACUGCAAGUCCCAUAACUGUUUUCCCAAUCUCGGAUGUUGAGACUGCAUUCAAGGUUUUGCAAAGUGGUAACACGAAUGGAAAGCUCGUCGUCUCACCACAACCUGAAGACGAGGUCAAGGCAACGCCAUCAAAGAAGCAGACUCAACUACUGCGACCAGAUGCAUCAUACAUCUUAAUUGGUGGUACUGGUGGUCUCGGUCGAAGCAUGUCAAGAUGGAUGGUCAGCAAGGGUGCCAGGAAUAUCGUCCUUGUUUCCAGAAGUGGAGCAGCGACAGGUAAAGUGAAGGAGAUGAUUGACGAGCUUGCUCUUCUCGGUGCCAAUGUCGUUGUUCGACGAUGUGACGUCGCAGACAGUGCCUCAGUAGACAACUUGAUUGCCAACGAGCUCUCGGACCUGCCACCUGUCAAGGGUCUCGUCCAUGGCGCCAUGGUGCUUCGCGAUGUCCUCUUCGAAAAGAUGACCUUCGAAGAAUACAACACAGUCAUGGAAUCCAAAGUCCGAGGCGCCUGGAACUUCCACAACGCGCUCAAGAACCAACCCCUCGACUUCUUCGUCGCCAUCUCCUCCGCAGCCGGCGCCGUAGGAAACAGAGGCCAAGCCGCCUAUUCCGCCGCCAACACCUUCCUGAACGGCUUCGUGCAGUACCGCAACGCCCGCGGCCUCCCCUCCGCAUCCAUCGAUCUAACAGCCGUCUCAGACACCGGCUACCUAGCCGAGAACGCCGAAGCCGCCGCAGAAGUAGCUCGUAACCUGGGAAGCGAUACCAUCUGCGAAGCCGAAGUCCUCGCUUUACUCGGCGCAGCGAUCAGCGGGCGUCUUGCUUCCGCUUGUAAUAGUCAUACCAUCACUGGUAUGCGGAUCGUCACCCCAGCUCCUUUCUGGACUCCCGACGCGAAGUUCAAGCAUCUCCGACUCGCGGCCGAAGCUGCUGCAGCCGAGAACUCCAGCGGCGAAGCAGUGGCUAUCUCUUUCAACGCUGCGCUCAAAGCUGCCAAGUCGUUGGAAGAGGCGCAGGAAGUGGUGUGCAAGGGCUUGGUUGAUAAGCUGUCCUCUGUGCUCAUGCUUGAGGCGGAGGAUAUGGACAUCACGAAGUCGCUUUCGGGAUAUGCUCUCGAUUCCUUGGUCGCGAUCGAAGUGCGAGGCUUCAUUACGAGGGAAUUCGAAGCGAACCUGCAAGUCCUGGAACUUUUGUCUAGCGGCUCGAUCGAGACGCUCGCUAAGGCUAUCUGUGGGAAGAGUAAAUUGGUUUCCUUCUAAUUCGCAUUCUUCGCUUCUUUCUGAUUUGAGGAAGGAGGGGUUUUUGGUACGAUGGCUUUUGGUAUAUAUGAUUGACUUCUCUCUUCUUCUUCGCGGGAGACUUCUUGGGGGUUAGAAGUUUUUUUUCUUCUUCUUGUUGUAUGGUUGUAUAUAUUGCGUUCUCUCUUUCCCCUCUACCUUUUCGCCUUGUUGAUAUUCUACUUCUUUGGGGGACCCUUUUUGGAGAACAUGUUUUUUAUAUCUUUCUUACCCUCGCUUAUCAUAUAAGAUUCAUGAGUAGCAUUAGAUUUCAAUCCAGCAUUGCGUAUGAAC